AUGUCGCCUUCUGCUCUUGUACAAAAUGCACCUGCGUCAGGUCCAUCGCCAGCUGGAUUCCACUCGUGUUCCAGAGGCCAUGGUAUCAGUUGCAGCAUCCGUAGAAGCAUAUUGGAAUACUAUGAGAAUGAGAGAGAAAGUGCAGUUGCAUCAACAGAUCAGAUAGAGAAUCCCCAUGAGAAAAAUGCCUGUGAGAAGAGAAAGUCAAGCUCUAGUAGAACUGAUGAACAACCUUCAACCAAGCGGCAGAAAGAUUCUGCUCAAAACCCAAAGAAAGUUGAUGGAAAAGGAAGAGUGGAAUUGGAAAACAUAGUUGCAUCAAAUGAAGAUGAUGUUGGUGGAGUCACAGCUAUUCGAGUAUUGAAUGAUAAAUUCACUGGAAAAUCAGGAGGAUUGGCAUAUGUGGAUUUUUCAGAUGGUGCCCACCUUGCUGCAGCUGUAGUAAAGAACAAUGCUGGGUGA